CGGCAAAGCAGACCAUUCGAUCUGUUCAAACAAUGUUCUGCUUCACAGGCGUACCUGACAUCUGGUACUCCGACAACGGCCCGCAAUUCGCAUCGCGAGUCUUCCGCGAGUUCCUGCGCGACUGGGGAGUCGAGCAUCGGACCUCCUCCCCCGGCUACCCCCAGUCCAACGGGAUCGCCGAAGCUGCCGUUAAAACCACCAAGCGGCUCAUCCGGCGGUGCUGGGAUCAGCGCUCCGCGUCCAUCGACCCGGACAAGUGGACCCGCGCGAUCCUUCAGUACCGCAACACGCCUACUGCUGGAGGACGAUCGCCAGCUCAAGUCCUCUUCGGACGCCCUGUACAAGAUGCCCUUCCCGCGCACAGACGAGCGUUCGCGGCUGAGUGGCAGCGCGCCGCCGAGAUCACCGAGACGGCCGCCGCCAAGCGACAGGAGAAGGUGGAGGGGAGGUACAACGCUUACGCGAAGGAUCUGCCCAACCUCAGCGUGGGAAACCAGGUGGCUGUGCAGAACCAGGUGGACAGGAGGUGGACGGCCUACGGCGUCAUCGUUCGUGUCUGCCCGAACCGCAAGUACCUGAUCCGUCUUCUCAGCAGAAGAGUCGUUUGUCGGAACCGACGACACAUCCGCAGGCGCUACCCGCACGUCACGCCGUCCGACUUCCCGAAGGCGGACUCAGGAUCCGAGACCACUGUGCCGUCGCGCUCCGGCACGCCCACACGACACAGCUUAUAG